AUGGCGGGAAUGGGCAGGUCGGCCAGUGCUGGCGCGCUUGUCAGUGCUGGGGCCACAAUGUCCCACGUGCCGAAGCGUGCUACCCAACACGCCUGCUACCUUGCAUCUUGGGAGAUGCCCCGUCCGACCCUCAAGCCCGGGCAAGUGUCGGCCUCGAGAGCGGUCUACUCCGAGGAAGCGCCAGCUCCAAAGACAACGUACCUGAGCGAUGGUCUUCCACCAGAGUCUAUGUAUCAGAAGACAACGUCGCAGCUUACAUCUCCAGAGCACUACCAGAAUCCUGUCCAACCCAUUCGGCAGCAAGAGCCCCCGGCGAGUUCAGUUGGGCACAGGGGGGCUGCUCAUUGGUCCUCCACGUAUAGAACUUCUCACGACGACAACUCUGUGGCUGGUGCUGUCUAUCACAGACAGCAUGGGCCAUCAUACCAGGCAGCAAAUCCACCGACCUGCAUUGGAGGGGGGGGAAUGAUGAGUGCAUUCAUGGAGGAUUUCGGCCUGUACGGCUCGGAUCCUCGAAGUAAAGUUGAUCCAGCGCUGGACAGAAUUCCAGUUGCAAAAACAGCCCUGACGAUGGGAACUCCCAAGGGAACGCUUCAUAUCCCUGGGUACCACGGCUUCUUGCCGACGAACAUCAGGAAUCCCUAUGCAGCUCGCGUGGAAAGCGGCGCCACAAUCAGAACCAGCGACAAGUCCAACAUUACUCAGCAGUUUCAUGUCAACACUCUCCACUAUGCGGGCCACGUGCCAGAUAAUGUCACGAACGAGAUUGGGCGGGUAAAGCCUGGCAACCGCUCCAUGAUGAGCCGAAGCUUCAAGGUUCCUGACUUGAGGGCAUUCGACUGA